CAGUCUCUCUGUAUACGAGAAAUUUCAGUAUGAAGUUCUCUCUCUGAGAGGGAAAAUAUCACAGAAAUAUGAACGCAAAUGUUGAAGCUCGACCUUCAAUUUUCAUGGCGACUCGGGGAGAUUUUACGAGAGCAGCCGGAAAGCUCUCUAAAUGAUUUCUAGGGUUCGUUUUCUAGAUAGAUCCGUAUUGGUUAUCAAUUGGUGAGUUCCUUUCCCUACUGCUUUGUGUUAAUGUUUGAAUGCCCCCGUAUUUGUCUCGUUGGAAUGAUAAUUUGAUGAAGUUGAGGUUUCUUUGAGUUUUGCUAGACCGUAAGUUUAGGACGUUGUUUGUGUCGUCAAUUCUAUUUGUGAUUUUUGUCGUGCGAUGUCCUCCGGAUCUGUUUCUUCGUCAUUGAAGCAGAGUGGUAAUCGAUCGAGAAUGAGUGUAGCGAUCGAGGCUCUUUUUUCCUGUAGAUUCUCCCUUGAGGUUUAAUUCUGAAUUCCUUUCUUUUUUAUUUUGGAAAUCUUUCUCCUAGACUCAUUGAAGGAAGAAGAUAUACAAAUAUGGUGCAGAGAAAUCAAAAUAGGUAUUAGUCGAUCUGAUUAAGAGUAUUGAUGAUGCUGAACGGUUGAAAUUAUUAAUACUCUUCAUAUGUUUGUUAGCUUUAGCUUCUUAAGAUGGUUACAUGUAUGUAAUUGUUAAAACUUGAAUGGCCUUUAUUUUUAAUAAACUCGUACAGUUUAUCCUGCUUCAGCUUCUAUAGUUGUAGUUUUGUUACUUUUGAGGACUAGGAGUUGCUCACAGAACAUGGGAUUUGGUGAUUGGAAAAGUAUUUUCUCGGUGUAACUGCUUGUUGAAUGAGUUUAUUAAGAUGUAGUGACUGGUUUAUAUCAGCAUAAUCCUGUUAACUUGUGGUAUCUGUGACCCAAUGAGUGAUUGCUGUGUAAACUUGAUCCUUAGUAUCUGUUAUGUUGAACUUGCAUCUGAUUUGGGCAUGAAAUGGAUAAGAUUAGUGACGUUACAAAUGAUAUCAAAGCUAGACAUCGGGUGGUGUGCUAGUGAGAAUGCUGAGCUUCGAAGGCGGGUAGACACCGGGCAGUGUGCCAAUGAGGAUGCUGGGCCGAAGGAGGUGGAUUGUGAGAUCCCACAUCAAUUGGAGAGAGGAACGAGUGCCAACAAGGACGCUAUGUCCCGAAGGAGGAUGUACUGUGAGAUCCCACAUCGAUUAGAGAGGGAAACGAGUGCUAGUGAGUACGCUGGGUCUUGAAGGGGUGGAUUGUGAGAUCCCACAUCGGUGGAGAGGGGAACGAAGCAUUGGUGUGGAAACCUCUCCCUAAGAGACCGCAUUAGUAAUUAAGUCUCUAAUGAUUCCCUUCACAAUGACCAUGAAGUGAACGUUCACUCGUCUCCAAGCACAAGUGGCCUCUCGACUAACUCUGCACUGGUAUGUUCUUUUCAAUACUGCACUGGUGGUCUAAACAUCCUCUCUGAUUUGACAAAAAAAUAUUCUUUUGAAUGAAUUUGGAUCAAAUCGGAAUAAAUGGACUGUGGAGGAUCUUCAAAUUACUAUCUUUUGGGAUGUAAUCUCUUAGAGGAAUUGUACGGUAUGAAUUCCUUUGAUUGAGCUGUCUUGAACGUUCUGAGCCUCAGUUAAAAGUUGUAGGACCCCUUUGUUUUAACAAUUUUACUCGAGUUGGAUUAUUUGGAACACUGGUUGGUGAAAGGUACUGCAUGUCUUCUUCAAUACUGCACUGGCUAUGACUCAAUUCAGAUGUGACACCUUACCAAAAAUGAAUACGACAGCAUGGACAUGAGGACAUGUCAUAUGAACAUGACUUGAUCAUAGUGUGUUUAGUUGGCUAGAACAUAGAGAUUAGGGGUGGAGGCUAAACUAAAAAACUCGAUCAAAUUGCUCAAUUCAGGUCUAGUUCAUUUCAACUAGUUAUAUAUUCUUGAAGUCGACCACAAUCUUCAGUUUGGGCGUGUUCGCUUAUCGUUUCAAUUGAGUUGUUCACGAGCUAGUACAUCCCUGCCUUGAAGUUGGAUUGAGCUACAUCUUCAUAGUCCAUACUCCAUACGUUCAAAAGCAAAGAUGCAGCCACCACCACCCAAGGAUAGACCUACGGACCACGUGCAAGUUGUUGCAUAUAUAUUUCCCCUGCAAUUCCACAAAUCAGAAACGGCAAGAACAAACAAAAUGGCAGAAACCCAAUUAUCAAAGCUCCAUAUUGCCAUGUUCCCAUGGUUUGCCGCCGGCCACAUGACUCCAUUUCUUCAUAUCUCCAACGAGCUCGCCGCCAGAGGCCACAAAAUCACCUUCCUUUUGCCCUCCAAAGCGCUCCCUCUUUUACAAAAUCUAAAUCUUCACCCAAAUCUCAUCUCCUUCCAUUUUUUGACGGUUCCCCAUGUCUCCGGCCUCCCUCCGGCGACGGAAACCGCCUCUGAUAUACCCAUUUCUCUUACCCCCUUGCUCGCCUCUGCUUUCGACAUGACUCGGCCGCAGGUGGCGGAGAUCCUCUGUUCUGCCUGCCCUGAUGUCGUUUUCUAUGAUUUUGCGUAUUGGGUCCCUGAAAUCGCUGCGCCCCUGCGGAUCAAAUCGGUUAGUUUUACUGUUGUCAGUGCUGCGUCGAUUGCUGUUAUUGCUUAUCCGGGAAGAAGGGUGACCGUUGAUGACCCGAUUACGGAGGAGGAGCUUAGGAAGCCGCCGCCUGGUUAUCCGUCGUCCACCGUCGUCCUCCGUGGCUGCCGUGAAGCGCGGUCGCUGCUCUUCUUGUCCAUGCCGUUCGGCGAAGGAGGUAUAACGUUUCACGAGAGACUAAUGACGUCAUACAGGAACAGCGACGCAAUAGCAAUACGAACAUGCGAAGAAAUCGAAGGCAAUUUCUGCAGCUACUUAGCAAAGCAAUUCCAAAAGAAGCUAUUACUAACCGGGCCACUCAUGGCAACACCAAACAAGACGACGACAACAACGACACCAACAACAUCGUGUUUGGACGAAAAAUGGGAGAAAUGGCUCGACCAAUUCGAACCAAAAACAGUAAUUUUCUGCGCAUUUGGAAGCCAAUUAACCUUAGAAAAGGACCAACUCCAAGAACUUGUGUUGGGAAUAGAACAAACUAGGCUGCCAUUUUUGGUAGCUCUAAAGCCACCAACAGGGUCAAACUCCAUUGAAGAAGCACUACCAGAAGGGUUCGAAGAAAGGGUGAGAGAAAGAGGAGCCAUUUAUGGCGGUUGGGUUCAGCAGCCAUUAAUUCUAAAGCACCCAUCGGUUGGUUGCUUUGUGAGCCAUUGUGGGUUCGGUUCGAUGUGGGAGUCAUUGAUGAGUGACCCUCAAAUUGUGCUGAUUCCGAGCCUUGGUGACCAAAUAUUGAACGCAAGGCUGCUGGCUCAAGAGCUCCAAGUGGGCGUGGAAGUGAAGAAGAGGGAAGAGGAUGGGAAGUUCACGAGCCAAAGUGUGAGGGAAGCCAUUGAGUCAGUGAUGCUUGUGGAAGCAGGUGGCGUUGGUGAAAUGGUCAAGAAAAACCAUAAAAAAUGGAACCACAUUUUGACUAACCCUGGCUUCAUGGAUGCUUAUAUUCACAAUUUUGUCAAUGAUUUGCAAAAUGGUUGGACCUAGAACGCACCCAUUUGGCUCAUUUGGCUCGAAUCCGAGGGUCGAGACGUUUAAUUUGUAUAGUUUCCAGUUCAUAGCGGUCUAAGUUUUAGAGUUUUUGUUUUUUAAUCUCUUUUUAUUUUUAUUCUUUAUUUUUCUAGU